GCUUGCUUUCUCUAGUCAGCCUGCAGCAGAUCCAGCUUCCAGGUCAACAUGAAGGCUCUCCUCACCCUGGGGCUCCUCCUGCUUUCUGUCACUGUCCAGGCCAAGGUCUAUGAACGCUGUGAGUUCGCCAGAACUCUGAAAAGCCAUGGAAUGGAUGGCUACUUGGGAAUCAGCCUGGCAAAUUGGGUGUGUUUGGCUCAGCAUGAGAGCAGCUAUAACACACGGGCUAUAAACUACAACCCUGGGGACCAAAGCACCGACUAUGGGAUAUUUCAGAUCAAUAGCCGAUACUGGUGUAAUGAUGGCAAAACCCCGAGAGCAGUGAAUGCCUGUGGGAUCCCCUGCAGUGCUUUGCUCCUGGAUGACAUCACUCAAGCCAUACAAUGUGCAAAGAGGGUUGUGAGGGAUCCACAAGGCAUUAGAGCAUGGGUGGCCUGGAGAAACCGCUGUCAAAACCGAGAUCUCACCCAGUACCUUCGCAACUGUAGAUUGUAACCACUGUGUGCCUCCACCUCAGCUCACUCUCUUUCUCGCUAUAGAAGUAGUUAUGGGAAAGAUCACAUUUCCUUGGUUUCCCCUUUAGACAAGCAGGCUUUUAUCAGAAACAGGAGCAACAUGGAGACUAUUUCCUAAGAGGCUUAAUGCUGACUAAUGUGUUCACUGUUUUAUGGAAAGUCUCCAUUAUUCGGUUAGUCAAUGGGGCAGAUGCUGUUGAUAGUGAUCUAGCAUUGAGUGUGACACACGUCUCUGUACAUCAGUUCUUCACCUAUGAAGUAAUUCACAUUGAGUUUCAUCAGAAUUAGUCUUCAUCUCCCCACUGUUGGAUAGACACACAGCAGAUAUGUAAGGAGACAGUAGAUCUUGGGUAAAAUGACAGCUGUGUUAGCUCCCAGGUCUUGUGUUGGCUCAGCACCCAGACAGUAAAGAAGAGCCACUGUGUGGGGCCAGGUGGGAUUUAAAGGGAACAGAACUCUGAGUGGAUAGAACUGAGACUGCCUCAACUCAGAAACUUGGUGUCAUGAAAUGUGUGACCUUUCAAAAAAAGAAAUAUCUUAGUGUUGACCCAUUCAUAGUGCUUGAAAGUAAAUUCUUAACUCAUGAGUCUGUCUGUGUUUUAACUCUUGAGAGAAUGUUCGAUGCCUUAGCUGGCCAUGAGGUAUUCAGGACAGAUUAUUGACUGUGCUAGCCUUUAAGUUCCUUAAAGUAGCUUCAUGCAUACCAACUAGCUCUGAGACACAUGAGCUUGUAUCAGCAAAACUAACUGCAUUGUAAAAAACUACAAAUAGCCAUUAAAUAAUUUUCAAUGCACAA